UCACUGAAACAGGCAAACCGAUCCACAAUCUCUCUCCCUCUCUCUCUCUCUGAAUUCUAAGUGUGAAAAUGUCCGGAUACCCGCACAAUCAACCCGGUUAUGGCUACGGUCAAGCGCCGACGGCGCAACCGUACCAGGCCGGCGCUCCCUACGGCGCCGCACCGCCACCAGGCCAGUAUCCGGCCUACGGCGCUCCAUCGGCGCCGUACGAAAAGCCACCGAAGGAUAAGCCCUACGGCGGCGGCGGCGGCCAUCCGCCGGCGUCCGCUUACCCUCCUUCGGCGGGCCAGCCCUACGGAAGCCCGUUCGCGUCGCUUGUUCCGUCGGCCUUCCCGCCGGGGACGGAUCCGACAGUGGUGGCGUGCUUCCAGGCGGCGGACCAGGACGGGAGCGGCGUGAUCGACGACAAGGAGCUGCAGAGGGCUCUAUCGUCCUAUAACCAGAGCUUCAGUAUCCGGACUGUUCAUCUUCUCAUGUACCUCUUCACCAAUUCUAAUGCCAGAAAGAUCGGACCAAAGGAAUUCACUUCAGUGUUCUAUAGUCUUCAGAGCUGGAGGGGCAUCUUCGAGAAAUUCGACAGAGACAGAAGCGGCAAAAUCGAUGCCGGGGAGCUGCGAGAGGCGCUGCUCAGCCUAGGAUUCGCAGUGUCGCCGGUGGUUCUGGAAUUACUGGUCUCCAAGUUCGACAAGACUGCCGGAAAGACCAAGGCCAUCGAAUAUGACAAUUUCAUUGAGUGCUGUCUCACCGUCAAGGGGCUGACUGAAAAGUUUAAAGAGAAGGAUACUAACUACACGGGCACAGCCACCUUCACUUACGAGUCCUUCAUGCUCACUGUGUUGCCUUUCCUGAUUGCCUAAGAUCGAUGUAUGGAUCACUCUCCUUCGGUUUGAAGUUCUCUCUGUUUAGACUUGUCCAGCUAUAUUACUCUGAAGUUAUCUCGCAUUUUGUUUAUAGUUUGUCACUCAAUGAUUUGUUUGUUUCCGUACCGUUUUCGGCUAUGCAAGUGAGGAGUUGUUGAUAUGAUCUUCAA